CUUUUGAUUCCAAAUGAAAAGUUGAAACACGUGGCACACCGCGUUUUCCGUUUAAACUUUUAUAUUAUUCGUAAUAUUUAAAAACAAUAUAAUUCAGCAGUAAUUAUAAUAAUAUAGUUAUUAAAAAUGCAGCAUGACGAUGUUGUAUGGAGCAUAAUAAACAAAUCAUUUUGUUCACAUAAAGUCCAAACGAAGUCGCAACGAUUUUGUCGAAACGAAUAUAAUCUAACAGGUCUUUGCAGCAGAGCAUCAUGUCCUCUUGCAAACAGUCAAUAUGCCACUGUAAGAGAAGACAAGGGCAUUAUUUAUUUGUACAUGAAAACAGCGGAAAGGUGCGCUUUUCCAGGCAAAUCAUGGGAGAAGGUUAAGUUGUCUAGGAAUUUUGAGAAGGCAAUUCAUCAAAUUAAUGAAAAUCUGCUCUAUUGGAGUGGAUUUGUGAAGUCAAAAUGCAAACAGAGAUUUGUGAAGAUCACACAAUAUUUAAUAAGAAUGAGAAAGCUGAAGUUGAGGAGACAGAAACUAUUAGUGCCUAUUCAGAAGAAGGUGGACAGGAGAGAGAAAAGAAGGGAGGAGAAGGCACUUAUUGCUGCUAGAAUUGAGAAGGGAGUUGAGCAAACCCUAUUGGACCGUCUUAAAAAAGGAGUUUAUCAAGAUUUAUACAAUAUUCCACAAUCAACAUUUGAAGAAGCACUGCAAGAGGGCGAAGUAGAAAGUGAAGCAGAAGAAGAAAUGGACGAAGAAUUAGAAAGAGAAAUGGAAAACGAAGGCGAUGACGAAUUUGUAGCUGCUGACAGUGAUUCCGAGAUUGAUUUUGACGAGGAUGAAGCUGAAGAAAGUGAUAGCGGCCUUAGGCAAGAAGCCGACGUUGACAGCGACUUUGAAUCAUCAGAUGAAUCUGAUAUUGAGGAUAUGAAACUUCCUUCAGCCAAAAAGCAAACGCCUGGAUCUAGUAAAGGUAAAACGCCUAAAGGUGGAAAGGGUGCUAAAGGUAAGCGACCACACGUGCAAGUUGAAUACGAAGUCGAAACGGAAAGGGAACCAGCACCAAGACUCAGCGCAAGUGACUUCUUUUAGGAAAUGUAUGUUGGUAUUAAUAAAUCAGUUAAAUAUA